AUGCCAACAAACGCCGAUUGCUCUAUCGGUUUGAGCCUUUACCACCAAUAUGGCGAGGGAAGAGAUCUUCAAGGAAACAACAUCACAGCAGUCUACGAAUCCGAUUUUCAAGAUCUAUCAAAAUUGAAAAUUCUGCAGCUUUCAGAAAACCAAAUAAGUAAAAUAGAAAAGGACUCUUUUGAGGACCUUACAAGUUUAGAGAGAUUACGGCUGAAUGGAAACAAACUGAAAAUUAUUCCUGACAACUUAUUCAUUCCUGUUUUUAACUUAUUUCGUUUGGACUUAAGUCACAACCAGAUCUCAGUAAUAGGCAAGAAAACUUUAAAAGGACUGAAUAACUUGAAGAACUUGCUUCUCGACAACAACAAAUUAACAUGUAUCGACGAUUCGUCUUUAAAAACUAUGAAGGAUCUCGAAGUUCUAACCUUAAACAACAACAAUAUCACUUGGUUGGGAAAAGACAUGUUUUCGAACAUGUUUCGCUUAAGAACGUUACGAUUGGCCGACAAUUUGCUGCAUUGCGACUGUAAUUUGUCCUGGUUGGCCAGAUAUUUGAGGCACUAUCCUCGAUUGGCCCAGUACAGCAGGUGUUAUUCACCGGGACACCUGAAAGGACAAAAUUUGGCUGAUGUCCAAGAUCACGAGUUCAAAUGUUCCGGUCUUGCCGAAAGAGCCAUAAAUGGAGAAUGUGUAAAUGAGCCUCAAUGUCCUCAUCCGUGUAGAUGCGCUGAUGGGAUUGUAGACUGUAGAGAAAAAGGACUGACAAAAGUGCCAGAUCAUUUACCAGAAACUACGACUGAGAUACGAUUAGAACAGAACGAAAUAACCAAUAUUCCGAACAAAGCUUUCGCAAUCUACAAACGCCUCCGGAGAAUAGACCUGAGUAACAAUAAAAUAUCGAGAAUCGCGCCAGAUGCUUUUGUUGGAUUGAAAGGCCUUACGUCACUUGUACUGUACGGAAACAAAAUCAAAGAACUACCAGCUGGUGUGUUCCAAGGACUGACUUCCUUACAACUUUUGUUGCUCAAUGCUAAUGAAAUUUCCUGCGUGCGGCGCGACACUUUCAAGGAUUUGCACAGCUUGAGCCUUUUGUCUUUGUACGAUAACAACAUUCAAACUCUGGCGAAUGGCAGUUUCGAUUCGUUGAGGAGUAUCCAAACUUUGCAUUUGGCAAGAAAUCCAUUCAUAUGCGACUGCAAUUUAAAAUGGUUAGCAGAAUAUCUUCAUAAGCACCCCAUAGAAACAUCCGGUGCUCGAUGUGAAGCCCCCAAACGAAUGCAAAGAAGAAGAAUAGAAUCACUGAAGGACGAAAAGUUCAAAUGCCAAGAUGAAUUUAGAUCCAUAUAUGGUGGCGAAUGCCUUGUUGACAAUGCCUGUCCAUCUGGUUGUUCUUGUGAUGGAACAGUUGUGGAUUGUUCUGGACGAAAUCUCAAAGAUAUACCCAAGGAUAUACCGUUAUAUACUACAGAACUAUUACUUCAUGACAAUGACUUGGGCCGUAUUAAAUCAGAUGGUCUUUUUGGUCGACUACCAAACUUAAUGAAACUAGAUCUUCGUAGAAAUUCUAUCACAGGAAUCGAAGAAAAUGCUUUUGAAGGAGCUUCAAAAAUAUCGGAAUUAUUACUUUCUGAAAACAAACUGAUGGAAAUACACAACAAGAUGUUUCUGGGAUUACAUAAUUUGAAAAUCCUUUCAUUGAACAACAAUCAUAUUACAUGCGUUAUGCCUGGAUCAUUUGAUCCUUUACAAUAUUUACACACUCUAAACCUUAUCCAAAAUCCUUUCAUUUGUAACUGUCACUUGGCCUGGUUUUCUGAGUGGCUUAAAAAUAAGGGUUUAAGUGGUACAACCCCUAGAUGUAAUGGCCCAGAACGAGUCAAAGACGUUCUAAUCAAGGAACUACCGAAAACAGAAUUCAAAUGUACUAGUGAGAAUGAUCAGGGAUGUUUGGGGGAUAAUUAUUGCCCUCCCAUGUGUUCUUGCACUGGUACUGUGGUCAGAUGUACCAGAGCUAGUUUAAAAGAGAUACCAAGAGGAAUACCUCCGGAGACCUCAGAAUUAUAUUUAGAUUUCAAUCAAAUAAGUAGAAUUCAGGCUGACCGUAUAAGUCACUUGAAAGCUUUAACAAGACUGGAUUUAAGUAAUAACCACAUCGGAAUGCUGUCAAACUCCACUUUUUUGAACCUCUCCAAACUCUCAACUCUUAUAAUAAGUUACAACAAACUCCAAUGUAUUCAGCGGGACUCCUUGCAAGGUCUAAAAUCUUUGAGAAUACUCUCACUGCACGGGAAUCAAAUAAGUUUAAUACCUGAAGGUACAUUCUCUGGAUUGAGAAGCAUUAGUCAUAUCGCUCUGGGUUCGAAUCCUCUGUACUGCGACUGUUCAUUAAAAUGGUUAUCCGAAUGGGUUAAAGUAGAUUAUGUAGAACCAGGAAUUGCCCAUUGUGCAGAACCACCAGCAAUGAAGGAUAAAUCAAUUUUGAGUACACCAUCGUCAGCUUUUACUUGUAAAGCUCAAGUGUCAUCAGAGAUAUUAGCUAAGUGUGACGCGUGUUAUACCUUCCCUUGCCAAAACAACGGAAAGUGUUUGACAUUACCUGAACGAGAAUACGAGUGUAAGUGUUCUCCGGGUUAUCAUGGCAAGAACUGUGAAUUUAUGAUUGACGCGUGCUAUGGGAAUCCCUGCCGGAACCAAGGGACCUGUAAGGUGCUUGAAGAAGGCAGAUUCAGCUGUGAGUGUCUUCCCGGUUUCAGUGGACUUCGAUGUGAAACGAACAUUGACGAUUGCGUCAACAACAAAUGCGAUAACAACGCCACCUGUGUCGACCUCGUCAACUCCUACGAAUGUAAAUGUCUCAACGGAUUCAUGGGCGAGUACUGCGAGAGAAAAAUUCCCUUUUGUACUGAACAGUACAACCCUUGUGAAAAUAACGCUCGCUGUGUCGAUCACGAUAGUUAUUAUACUUGCGAGUGUCUACCUGGUUUUAAGGGCCAGAACUGCUCCGCCAACGUAGACGAAUGCGAGAAUCACAUGUGUCAGAAUGGGGCUCUGUGUGUGGAUGGAAUAAACGAGUACUUCUGCAAGUGUUCCGGCGACUAUACCGGCAAAUUCUGCGAGAUCAGCCCCAUAGUGGCCAUGAUGUAUCCACAAACUUCACCCUGUCAACACCACGAUUGCGUGCACGGGGUCUGCUUUCAGCCUAGCGGAUCGAACGAUUACUUGUGCAAAUGUGCACCAGGAUAUUCCGGCAAGCGUUGCGAAUAUCUCACGAGUCUAAGCUUCACGCACAACAAUUCAUACGUUGAGUUAGAACCCUUGAGGACGAAGCCAGAGGCCAAUGUUACGAUUGUGUUCUCGACCACCAACGAGAACGGAGUACUGAUGUACGAUGGACAGAACGAACAUCUGGCUGUAGAGCUAUUUAGUGGGAGGAUAAGGGUCAGCUACAACGUGGGAAACUAUCCAGUUUCUACUAUGUACAGUUUUGAGAUGGUCUCGGAUGGUCAGUAUCACACAGCGGAGUUGAUAGCCAUCAAGAAAAACUUCACGCUAAGAGUAGACCGAGGUCUAGCCAGGAGUAUUAUAAACGACGGUUCCAAAGAUUACCUCAAACUGACAACGCCCAUGUAUUUGGGAGGGAUACCUCCAGAGCCAGGAGAGCACGCUUACACCGACUGGCACCUGAGAAAUCUCACCAGUUUUAAUGGCUGCAUGAAAGAAGUAUGGAUAAACCACAAGCAAGUCGAUUUUGGUAAUGCAAAAACUCAGCAAAAGGUCCAACCAGGAUGUGGAUCGAUAGAAGAUAAGUUCGACGACGAUCUACAGGAGGACGAAAUGGAUGAGAUGAUUGAAGAACCACCUGCACCACCAAUAGAUCCAUGUCUUAACAAUAAAUGUAAACAUGACAGUAAAUGUUUGGAGACUACAGGUGGAGAAUACGUAUGUAAAUGCAAACCAGGAUACAAGGGCAAAUACUGCGAGCAAGGUGAGGAAGAGACUCCCACUUGCAAAAAGGAACAAGUCAGAGAAUAUUAUUCAGAAAACGGCUGCAGGUCUAGGAAGCCUUUGAAAAUAGCGAAAUGUAUUGGGACUUGUGGGUCUAGCUGUUGUCACGCUAGAAAAAGUAAACGACGAAAGGUUCGCCUCAUCUGUUCCGACGGCACCCGUUACACGAAAGACAUCGACGUAGUGCGCAAAUGCGCCUGCACGAAGAAAUGCUACUGACUGUCAUUCGCCGCUACACACACUUCUAACGACGAAGCCCAACCACCGCAGAUGCAAACCGCCUACGACGCAGAAGCCAACGACACGAACACAGAUGCGCAGCAACUGUCCGCCGGACCCAGUUAUCUUGCGCAGACCGACCCGAACGAAGCCGACGAGCCCCGAACCGCCCCGAUCGUACAGCGACACGAUGGCGAGACGGUAGAGGGCGUGCGGUUGACGUUUAUCGUUCCUAAUGAGACUGAAAAUAGGGGGAGCGACGGUCUGGUCGUGCAACACAUCGAUGAGAACGAGUUCGAGAGAGUAAAAAGUGAUAGAGUGAUCUUGUAUCACGACAAAAAAUGUCUACUGUCCGCUUUCCUCUACUUCACCACCAUAACGUCGUUCGUGUAUUUGGCAAUUCUGUGGAUUAAACAACGUAUGCAUCUACACUUAGACCAACUUCAACUUUGGUAGGGCUCACCUAACGUAUUUAAGAUCGUUUUAUAUUAUUAGUGUUUCUUAUAGUUUAUUUUUUGUAGACACUUGGAUACUUUCUUGCCAUUUCCUCAAAAUUAUAUUAAUUUGCUUCUAAACAACCCUGAUUAAGCUAUUACGCAUUUAUAUAUUAUUAUCUAUAACCAACGUUAUCUAUAACGACCGUUAAAAGUGUCUGCAAAAAUAUUUAUUUUAAUACAAAUAAUUCAGCUCUAUUUAAAAAAAUUGGAAAUCCAAAAUAUUAAACCCUACUUAAUCCAACAUUUAUAUAGAACCAAUGGCAUUUAGUUGUUUAUAGUAAAAAAAUACCCUUAUUAAAUUAGUAUAUAUUAAAUUGGCUUAAAUUUUAUAAAUCCCUAUAACGCAAAUCUUAAAAAAUAUAUUUAUUCCUUUUUGUCAAAAUAUAGAUACUGCCAAAAAUAAAUUUUCUUUAUAUUUAAUAAAAUAAUGUUUUACAAAUUAUAAAAUUCAAAAUUGGAACUGAAUAAAAAUUAAAUUUGAUACAAUAUAUGUUGCUGAAAUGGAAAAAGAAAGAAAAACACUAAAAAACACCCCACCAAUCGUUAGAAAUGUAUGUAGUGGCGCUAAAAUCCCAAAGGUACCCACAACCUUUGCUCUAAGCUUUUCUUUGUUCACUGUGUAAAACACAUUUAAUUACAAUUUUGUAUUGUUUUAAACCUGUAUUUAUGUCUGUAAAAAAUGUGCAGUGCCCAUCAAUUAUCUUAAAUCUUUAUUUAUUUACAACUUUUAAUUUAAUGUUCUUGCUCACUAAUAAUAAAAAAGUAUAUAUAAAAAUCAGACUGGCACUACAUAUUUUCAAUUAUCAUCCAUUUAUUUAAUAUAUUAUAUUUAAUUUUAAUCAUAUCCUGUAUAUAUAUUCACAUGAUAUUAAAGUACAAGGAGACCCAAGAAUAACAAUAUAUAUUUUUUUAUUUAAUAAUUUAUUUUUAAUAUUCGUAACAUUUUUUAGUUAAUAGUUGGAACCAAAUAGUUUUUGUGUCCCCCUGUACAUUUUAUAUUUUUCGUCUACUUUCAUUCAUUUUGUAUCCACUGUAUCUGGUAGAUAUGCAUAAAUAACUGACAAUAUAUGAGAUUAAUUUAUUUACUGGCAGCUGUUUUAAAUUAUUAAAGACACUUUAAUAUACUGAGUUCCUAUAAAUAUCUCAAAAAAAAACUGCAUAUCUACCAUCUUCAUAAUAUUAAAACUGUUUGAAAUCAACCUGAAGUAUUUAUUUAGUAUUAUCUUUUAAUUUAGCAUUGAAAUAAAUUUCUUUUUAAAGAAUAUGUAAAAUUAUACGUUUAUAGAAUAUAUUUGUAAAUUACCCCAUAUAAAAUGCUAGGUAUAGGAGACAGAUGUCAGAAAACUGUUGUAUAUUGAUUUUUGUUCUUUUUUCAGGGCUUUGAAAAGUAAUGAUUGAAAAUAGAAAAUUGUAUUUGAGAGUAACAAAUAAAUUUUCUUAUUUAUAUCAUUUAACAAAUUUACUAUACCACCUGUUAUUCAUAACAUACUCAAUAAAGAAGUUUUUAAAAACACAAUUAUAAACCUAAAUGUAAUACAAUAACAACUCCCCUAUUGUAAUAAUUUUUACCCCUAAGACUUUUGUGUAUAAAAAAUAUUUAAAAUAAAAAUUUACCUCAGAA